UUCAACAAAUCUCUCUCUCUCUCUCUCUCUCUCUCUCUCUAACACUCUCUGUGUUUGUGUGUGUACCUUGUGUGUGAUGGGCGACAAGAAGAACAAAAAGGAAGGCGAGAAGAAGCAGAACGAAGGAGGGAAGAAGGAUGAUGGUUCGACAAGUGUGGUUCUGAGGAUUGAAAUGCACUGUGAGGGUUGUGCUACUAAAAUCAAGAAAUCCAUUCUAAGUUUUGAUGGUGUUGAGACGAUAAAACGAGACGAGAAGGACUCGAACAAGAUCACGGUGACCGGAAAAGUAGAUCCGGCGAUGUUCCGAGAGAAACUCGAGCAGAAGUUGAAGAGGAAAGUGGAACUGCUCUCUCCAUUGCCAAAGAAAGACGAUAACAAGGACAAGGACAAGAAGAAGACCGACGAUAAACCAGAGAAAAAGGCAGAUGACAAGAAACCCAAAGAGACUCCAGUGACGACGGCAGUGCUGAAGCUGAAUCUCCACUGCGAGGGAUGUAUCCAGAAGAUUCACAGAAUUGUAACAAAGACCAAAGGGUAUCAAGAGAUGUCCAUAGAUCGAGAGAAGGAUACGGUGACCGUGAAAGGCGCGAUGGACGCCAAGGCUCUUGCGGAGUCACUGAAGGAUAGGCUAAGGAGGUCCGUUGAGAUUGUUCCUCCGGCGAAGAAAGAGAAAGAGGGCGGCGGCGGCGGCGGCGAGAAGAAAGAGAAAGGCGGCGGUGAGAAGAAGGAGAAAGGCGGUGGACAGGACAAGGCAGCCGCCGUAGGAGGCGGCGGCGGAGAAAGUGCCGGUGGUUACAUGGCGGAGGAAAACAGAAUGGAGUACGGGUACCCGUAUCCGUACGUGUAUGGGUCGGGUCAUGUUGCCCACGACCACGCUCCGCAGAUGUUCAGUGAUGAGAACCCCAACGCCUGCUCUGUCAUGUGAGGGGUUGGAUGGAUAUUCAAAGAAAUAUAUUUUAUUUUUAUUAUUAUUAGGAGGAGAAAAUUGUAUAUAGUAGUAGUAGUACAGUUUUAAUUAGGGUUGGUGACUUUGGUUAGGAGAGAUGUGGGUCCGGUUCAGUCUUUUUGUUGAAAUGGUUGGUGUUUUAGCUUUUGGGUUCCUCUAAUAACUAGUUGGGUCAAAUCGAGGAAUUUUAUUAUGUUUUUUUUUCAGUUCCAAAUUUUGAUUUUGAAGUUAAUAUUAGUUAGUGAUAUGGUCGACUUCUCCUAUGUAGUACCAUUUUGUUUGAUUAGUGACAAUUAUUCUCCUA